GAUGGCGGCGGCCUGAGGGGAGCGGGGCGGCGGCGAUGUGGGGGCUGCUGAGGGGAGUGCGGCGGGCGGCGGCCGCCCUGGCCCUCCGCAGGGGCCUGGCUGAGGCGGCGGACCGGCGGAGCACCCGCCAGCUGAGGGAGGCCGAGGAGGCCGCCCCGAUCUUCCAGUACGUGGGGAAGGCGGCCAAGCGAAAGGACCGCGUCUUCGUCUGGGGGUUUUCCUACUCGGGCGCCCUGGGCGUCCCCAGCUUCGUGAAGCCGGACGCCAGGCCGUGGCCGGCGGCUCGCGCAAAGCCGCGGCGGAUCCAACCCACGCCCUACAGGCUGGAGACGGAGGAGAAGAUAUCCUCUGCUGCCUGCGGUUAUGGAUUCACACUGCUGUCCUCUACAACCACAGACAUCACCAAAGUGUGGGGCAUGGGGCUGAACAAGGAUUCCCAGCUCGGAUUCCAGAGAAGCAGAAGAGAUCGAACUAAGGGCUAUGAAUAUGUCUUGGAACCGUCUCCAAUUCCAUUACCGCUGGAGAAGCCACAGCAGACUCGAGUCUUGCAGGUUUCCUGUGGGAGAGCCCAUUCUCUGAUCCUGACAGACAGCGAAGGAGUUUUCACCAUGGGGAACAAUUCUUAUGGACAGUGUGGCCGGAAGGUUGUGGAAGAUGAAACUUACAGUGAAAGCCAUCUAAUUCAUCAGCUGAAGGAGUUUGACAGCAGAGUUGUCCAGGUUGUGUGUGGGCAGGACCACAGUCUCUUCAGAACCAAGAAAGGCGCAGUCUAUGCGUGCGGAUGGGGAGCUGAUGGGCAAACAGGUCUUGGACACUAUGAUAUCACCAGCGUGCCUACUAAGCUCCGUGGUGACAUUGCUGGAGUGAACAUUAUCCAGGUCUCCUCCUAUGGGGACUGUUGCCUGGCUGUUUCAGAUGAGGGAGACGUCUUUGGCUGGGGAAAUUCAGAAUACUUGCAGUUGGCAUCUGUCACAGAAACAACACAGGUGAAUGUUCCCAGACAUUUGCCGUUCAAGAUUGGAAAGAUAAAGGAGGCUGCAUGUGGAGGGACUGGCAAUGUUGUGCUGACGGAAGAAGGAAAUGUUUUUGUCUGGGGAUAUGGAAUUCUUGGGAAAGGACCAAACCUAACAGAGACAGCAGUGCCAGAGAUGAUCCCACCCAGCCUUUUUGGCUGGUCAGACUUCAAUCCGGAUGUCCGUGUUGCUCACGUUCGCUGUGGCCUCAGCCAGUUUGCGGCACUGACAAACAGAGGAGAACUGUUUGUAUGGGGCAAGAAUCUAAGAGGGUGCCUGGGAACGGGAAGGAUGGAAGACCAGUAUUUCCCAUGGAGGGUGACUGUCCCCGGUGAGGUGGUGGAUGUUGCAUGUGGAGUGGAUCAUAUGGUGAGCCUGGUUAAGUCUUUUACCUAGUAGUGCUGCUGGGCCUCGGCACUGUGCGGAGAAGAUGUGGGGGACUUGGUGACGAGCUUCUGGGAAAGGAAGAUUCAUUCCAUCAAGGCAAAUGACUGAGCAGAGACAACCAUAGCAGAGCCUGGGUCUGGUGUCACCUCUGCGUUGUUGAAACGCUCCGGUCUGGCUGCAGGAAGGAAGCACAUUCCCUGAAGAGAGUGGAAAUGCAAGGGAGUGAUUUGGCCAGUUCGUGAUGAGCUCCCAAAGAGUCUGAGGCCCAGCCUCAGCUGUAAGUCCCUCUUGUGCCUAAGGAUGAAGAGCAUCUCCCUCAGGGAAGACCACGAGGUGAAAUCUAUAGCACAGGACACUCGUUUAUGGACACUGUCCCUGUCACCAGUUCUGUGGUGUCAGCGUUGGGCUGAGCCAAACUAUUUCUCAAGGGAAAGUGUUGGUGGUUUUUUUUUGGUUUUUUUUAAUAUAUAUAUAACUAUUUUUUUAUGUGGAAGAAAGAA